CUCUCUCUCACAGACAAAGACAGGCAUCAAUGGCGACUGCACGUGAGGAGAACGUGUACAUGGCGAAGCUUGCAGAGCAAGCUGAACGGUACGAAGAGAUGGUGGAGUUCAUGGAGAAGGUGGUAGCGGCCGCGGACGGCGCCGAGGAGUUGACCGUGGAGGAGCGCAACCUUUUGUCCGUUGCCUAUAAGAAUGUGAUCGGCGCUCGCCGUGCUUCGUGGCGUAUCAUCUCGUCAAUUGAGCAAAAGGAGGAGGGCCGCGGAAACGAAGACCACGUUGCCUCAAUUAAGGACUACAGAUCUAAGAUCGAGUCAGAGCUUACCUCGAUCUGUAACGGCAUUCUCAAGCUCCUCGACUCUAAGCUCAUCGGCGCUGCUUCAUCUGGUGAUUCAAAGGUCUUCUAUUUGAAGAUGAAGGGUGACUACCACCGCUACUUGGCUGAGUUCAAAACCGGAGCCGAGAGAAAAGAGGCCGCCGAGAACACACUCUCCGCUUACAAGUCUGCCCAGGAAAUUGCCAAUGCGGAACUAGCUCCUACACAUCCCAUUCGUCUUGGCCUAGCUCUCAACUUCUCAGUAUUUUACUAUGAGAUCUUGAAUUCUCCAGACCGUGCUUGUAAUCUUGCCAAGCAGGCCUUUGAUGAAGCAAUUGCAGAGCUUGACACUUUAGGAGAGGAGUCCUAUAAGGACAGCACUCUGAUUAUGCAGCUUCUUCGGGAUAAUCUCACCCUGUGGACAUCAGACAUGCAGGAUGAUGGAGGAGAUGAGAUCAAAGAAGCUGCCAAACCUGAUAAUGAGCAAUGAAGUCAUUGAACCUUGUGAAACUUUGAAGAAAGCCUUGUUUUAGCUUGCUGCCAGGUUGAAAUUGUGCUUUCUAGUGCUAGGCUUAAUUUCAAGCAUUUGCAACUUCUGAAAGAUCUACUUUAUAUUUUAUGUUUCUAAUCCUUGGUUCUUAUUAAUUUUUUCCUACUUGGUUUUGUCAUUGGGAUGGUUUCCUUUUCCUCAAAGGAACUUUGCAUUAAGCUAUAUAUUUUUUUUUACUAUAUACCAAAAAAAAAAAAAAAAAAAAAAAAAAAAAUAAAGAAUUAUGUUAACACCAUCAUCAGACACGGCCAGGCCGUAGCCUAGACACUUGUCUUGGGCCUCAAAAUAUGGGGGUCUUCAAAUUUUAUAAACCCAUUACUAUUAUGGUAAAUUCUAUGGUACUUAUGAGGUACCAUACCUUUGUCCACAUAGAUCAAUGAGAAUAUAGCAGUUGGAUUAUUUAAAUCUAAAUUAAAAAUGAUAAAGUGAUGUGGUCUAAUCAAAUAAAUCAUAAGUACGGUACCCCAUAUUUUAGAAAGGUAUCGAAGUUGUCACCUAGUAUUAUAUGUAUGAUUAUUAGUUAAUUAAUUUACUUUCUAGUAAGAACCAGCUUGUUAUUUAAAAAAAAAAAAGUAAGAACCAGCUCGUUAAGUAAAAUUGAAUCCCUAAAGCGGCAAAUACAUACUCCGUAUUAGUUAUUAGGCGUUGCCCGCAAACCUUUGAGUCGUGACCCUAUGUAUUCGGUACUCUCUUGUUCCUGCUUAUUCUAUUGCCUUAAAGAUUUACAAAAUUAUUAGGGGACUUGGGGCUUUACACGGUCAAAUGCAUAAAUGGUACUUUAACUUAGGGCUGUUAACGAGCCGAAUCGAGCCCGAACACCCAAAGCUCGAAUUCGGCUCGUUAAGGAAUAAGGGGUGUUCGGGUUCGAGCUCGAAGCUCGGCGAGCUUUACAAAUGAGGCUCGUGUUCGCCUCGAUAGGCGUUCGAUGUUCGAACCGAGCGCUCGAUAAGCUCGAUAAAUAUGCCCGAAUUUAAAAUUUUAGAUGAUGCUCGUUAAUAGGCUCGUGCUCGAAUGGUUCGACAAGUAUUCGGUUCAUUAAUAAUCAUAUUUAAAUUCAUAAAACCAUACUAAUUAUAUUUUAAUUUUGACAUAUAUAAAAAUUAUAUUUAAAAUUUUAGGGUGUUCGAUAGGCUCGAGUUCGAACCGAGCCGAAAAUUACUAUGUUCGAGCUCGGCUCGAAUAAUUUUUCGAAUUUAAAACUCAGCUCGAGUUCGAGUUCGAAGCUCGUUAAGCUCGGCUCGUUAGGUUCGAAAACGAGCUCGAGCUCGAAUAGUUCGAUAAAAGCUCGGUUCGUUUACAGCCCUACUAGUUUAACUAUUGAUAUUGUUGCGAUUUAGUACAUUUAUUCAUAACUAUACGUAAAAGGUAAAUACAGGUCAAAUUUCAAACGCACAAAACUUCAAAAGCACAACCCGACAAAAGCUGAAGUCAUGAUUUCUGAAACAUGAAAUUGAAGCAAUGAAGAUUGAAGCUCAAAUCGCGGGCGAUGUUUCCCUGCUGCUGCACCGGAAAGCGGGUCAAAUGUAUAAAUGGUACUUUUAUGUUGAUAUUAUUGCAGAUUGAAACCUGAAUUCAUAACUUUACUCUUAAAUGAAUCAAAUCAGUAUCAUAACUAUACGUAAAUGUUUCAACUUGAGAUUUUAUUCAAAUUUGCGGCCAAAAUUUUUUUCAUGGCGAUCAAAAUUCCACGUGUAGAGUCACCCUAUAGUGAUCAUAUGAAUAAAAAUAAGAUAAAGUAGACUUUAUGCAUAGAAUUCCGGCUGUCACGUGAUAUUUUGACCGCAAAUUUGUAUAAAAUCUCAAUUUGAAACAUUUAAAUAUAGUUAAAGUACUAUUUUAAUUCAUUUAAGAGUUAAAAUAUCAAACUGCAAUAAUAUUAGGGGCGGGCAAGAAUCCCGGUCCCGUUGUCCCAUUCCGGUAUAUCCCGAAACCGUACCGGUGUUGUCCCGUUCCG